AAAACAUCGACAUACAUUUUUCCUUUCCCCUCUUUUAGAAUUCUUACUUUUUGCCAUCAAUACGCAUUCUUUUCUCUCUCACGCCCUGCGCUUUUUUAUGUGUGGUGCGGGUGUAUGAAUAGUUAAAGCUGUGUCAGCGUGUUAUGAUGCCGUCUCGUACCAACCUGGCUACUGGAAUCCCCAGUAGUAAAGUGAAAUACUCAAGGCUUUCCAGCACAGACGAUGGCUACAUUGACCUUCAGUUUAAGAAAAGCCCUCCUAAGAUCCCAUAUAAGGCCAUUGCGCUUGCUACUGUGCUGUUUUUGUUUGGCGCCUUUCUUAUUAUCAUAGGCUCCCUCCUGCUGGCGGGCUAUAUCAGCAAAGGGGAGGCAAACCAGGCCGUUCCCUUCCUGAUCAUUGGCAUCUUGAUGUUCCUGCCAGGAUUUUACCACCUGCGCAUCGCCUUCUAUGCAUACAAAGGCUACCGGGGUUACUCCUACGAUGACAUUCCAGACUUUGAUGACUAGCACCCACAUCAGCCCUGAGGAGAAGAGUCACAGAUGGGACUGAGCCCAGCUUCAAGACAUUGAGCAGAAACUAUGACUAAGGGCUAAGGAAUUCUGCAGUUUGCAGAUGUUUAACAAAACAAUGGCCAGAUUUUAUGGGUCCACCCUAAAGAUGUUAACUGAGGUUACAAAUAGCUGAUUAGGACAUGCUCUACUUUUCAUCUCCUGGCCCUGGAAAAAGCUUGUGACAAGUUUUUCCACAUGAAUGUGUAUCAUGGAAGAAUGGCAGUGGUAAUUGUACAGGAAAGCAGGAGGGUACUCUAUAGUGGAAAGUGUUGCUGCCACCACCCUUUUUAGAAUUGAGCAUUUAUUUAAAUAGUUCUCAUCAUCAAUUUGCUCUUGUGACAAAUGGAAGAAUAUGGUGUGUCAAAUUUCUUGUUACUAAGUAAUUUAUUUUGAAAAUAUCUAAGUUAUCCCCUAUACUCAUCUCUAACUUCGUGUUCUAGUGGAAGACCUUGGCAAAGUCAAAUAUCAGUGUGGGUGCAUCUGUAAUGUUUUUUACUUGCUUGCUUAUUAACCAGCAACCAGGAAUUUUUUAAACCUCAGAGCAGUUUUCAAAACGUAAACAUUUUCUCUUUUCACCAAUCUUUGGCCAGCUCUGAUCUGGUUCACCAGUAGGUUGGCCAGCAUAUAAUUAAGGUCAUUCUGUCCUUUGUAGAUCAAGAUGUACUGUAUAUCAUGCCUUUAAGGACUGGACUUUUGGCUGUUUCCUAAGGAAAAAUGUAUAUAAGUGGCUUUUAGACUUUAUAACCCCAUUGUUAGCACCUUGUAUUAUGAUGUCAUGCUGCUGAAGAUCUCAAGACUCGGCCUGGAUCCCUAGAGGACUAGACUGCCUUAGUUUGAUUCUGUUUCCUAGCUUGCAAAAAGUGGCUUAUAGUCAAAAGAAAUUAAAAUGUCGAAAUCUAAA